AUUAUAAUCCAAUUGUAUCCGAAAAUUACCUCAAUUAACUGGUAAUUGAAAAAAAAAAAACAAAUCGGACCAAUUGAUCAUCUUUCCAAAAAUGUGUUUAAAGUUAACGGUAACAAAUAAACUAAAGAUUUCUAUAAAAAAAAAAAAGUAUACAUAGCUCAUUCACUUCCUCAUUGUCUUCUUCAUAUGGUAAAAAGAAGAGAGGAGAAGACAAAGUGGUGAAAGAGGAGAUGGAGCAAGAGAGCCUAAACGGUACGUUUGAUGAUAGAGUAAUGACGGAGGAGCAAAUGGAGGCUCUCCGUAAGCAAAUCGCCAUUUACGCAGUUCUUUGUGACCAGCUCGUCUUCCUCCACAAUUCUCUUUCUUCUGUCCCACUUCUCUCAUCAGGUACGUACAAUACUCCAUAAUUGGAUUUGGGAGAAACUUAAGGGUCACGUAACUGAAUUUUUAUGGUAAUGAUUUGAGAAUAUACAAUAGGAAUGAAUUCAAUGGGAGGCGGAUACUUUGAUCCGAUGGUGGCAUCGUCAAGCGCUCAUGGAAUGUCGACUCGGCAUCGAUGGACUCCAACGUCAAUGCAACUUCAGAUUCUCGAGAACAUUUACAAGGAAGGAAGUGGAACCCCAAAUCCGCGGAGAAUUAAAGAGAUCACGAUGGAACUGUCUGAACAUGGAGAAAUCACGGAGAAAAGUGUCUACAAUUGGUUUCAAAACCGACGAGCUCGGUCCAAACGAAAGCAACCUCAGACAACGACAAUUACCUCUGGUCAGGCGGAUGAUGCGGCCGUGACAACAACUGAUGAGAGAGAGAGUUGUGGAGGAGAUUCUGGAGCGUUUGAGUCUUAUGAGCAUAUACUUUUCCCGAGUCCUGAUUUAGGUAAAUAUCUUACUAUAUGAUUUUUAUGUGUCUAUGCAUCGUAUUUUGGUUUAAUUGAGUCAGAGAUGAUUGGUGAACUUUUUGUGGUUUCAGGGAUUGAGCAUUUGCUGAAUAGGGACAAAUUUAUAGACUGAG